AAGCGCAAGUUGCUACGGGGAGCAGUGCGAUGGACUUGGUGCCAGUGUACCACGGACCUAUCAGCAAAGAGACCGGGGAGAGGCUUCUGGGAGAGGAUGGUCGGGAUGGCAGUUAUCUGAUACGAAACAGUGAAUCCAAGCCUGGCGUUUACUGCUUGUGUGUUCUGUGCAAAGGCUUAGUGUACACCUAUAGGCUACAUCAAGGUGAGGAUGGAUCAUGGACUGCAGACACCUCCCCCGGUGUUGAAAAGCGUUUUUUCCGGAAAAUCCGGAACUUGAUCUCAGCCUUCCAGAAGCCAGCCCAGGGCAUCGCCAUGCCCCUCCUUUACCCAAUCACUGUGCAGAACAACUACGCCAGGAAACAGGAUGGCUUGAUUUAGCGUAAAUAAUGAUCCAGUCAUUUCUAUACGUUCUAUACCAUGAUUGAAUAUAGGCUUUUUUUUGUGGUUGAUGACUGACAUACCCAUAUAAGAAUAUAAUUGGCUAUAACAGAACUCUGUGAGAAAUGUUAUAUCAUAAGUAAUUUAUCUUAAAGGGAGAAAAAAAUAUCUUGUUUAUUUUUUAUAAAAAAAUUACUCAUAUUUAUCACUCGAGUAUUUAAAAAAACAUAUAAACCAAACAUAUUCUGCUAUUUUACAAUUGUAUUUUUAUUUUUGUUUUACGAGUUUAUGAAAUAAAAAUAAAAUGUCUAAAAUCCAGUUCAUCAAGUGAAAAUGUAAACAUUCUGUUAAAUUAGUCCAAUUUAACUCCAAUUUCAAAUUUAUGAAUAUUAUACUAUAUUCUUUGAAGUUGUUUCUGGAAUUAGAGCUUACUCAAAGCCUGUGUUUUUCCUCCUUCAUGGCAAAUAUAAAUACUGUAAAAUAAAUGUUUGUCCUUAAA